ACAGCGGGAAACCACUUCAGAGACUCUCCGGACUGAAGCGAAAUACCCUUCACACGGCGAGACCAUGGCCGCUUCCGCGAGGAAACAAAACAAGAAGACCAAGCACCCCGACGGAUCCACGGACCUGAAGACGUUUGACUUCGACGCUCUGGAGGAAAAGAAAGGAAGUCUGUCUGAAGAUGAUACCAGAGAUGAAACUCCAAUCAUUGAUAAACUGACCAGGAAGAGACCUGCAGAUACGUUUGAGGAUGACGAUCUCAACGCCGGUGUGGGGAAUGAGGUUCAAACUAUGCUGGAAAGAUUCGGUGCGGACAUCAGCAAGGCCAUGCAGACCAAAAGGAAACGCUUGGAGGUUCUCACCAAAAACUCCUUAAAGGGCAGCACUCAGAAACUGGAGCAAAUGUGGAAAACUCAGCAGAAUCAGAGACAGAAGCUGACACAAGAUUAUUCCCAGCAAGUUCUCUCCGUGCUUCAGCAGUGGGAGACUGACGUUCAGAAAUCUGAGGAGCAGGAGGAGAAGCUGAACAAUUUGUUUCGCCAGCAGCAAAAGCUCUUCCAGCAGGCGAGGGUUGUGCAAAACCAGAAAAUGAAAACCAUCAAAGACCUGUAUGAGCAGUUUGUCAAGAAUAUGGAGGAGAUGGAGAAAAGCCAUGAAGCCUUCCUGCAGGGCACCCAGAUGGAGCUGAGAAAGGAGAUGGCCCUGCUGCAGAAGAAGAUAAUGAUGGACACGCAACAACAGGAGAUGGCCACUGUCCGGAAGUCCCUUCAAUCCAUGCUGUUCUGAAAACACCUUUCUGUUCUUAAGACUUCACCUUAUGUUCUAAAAGAAAGGUUUAUUUGAUUAAAAAAAGUAUGUAGACAUUAUUUUCCAUUCGUUCUUUUUAAUCCAUAAUUGUACAAUAAUAAUAAUAAUAUGUAAAAUAAUUGUAUUAUUGUGUCAGUGUUAAAGAUCUCAUUAAUAAAUGUUUCUUUUUGUGUUUGUGUGUUAAGGCAUUUUGAAAGUUUGGCUGGGACAUUUGUUCUUUUGCUUGUUAGUUUAAUAGCAACAGAAAGUGGGAUAAUCUCAAUACAGAGAGCAUUUGAUUGGAUAAAAACCUUGCAAGAUGGGUCAUCAAUAUUUUGCCUUUCCCAAAAAAGAAGAAAAUAAUCCUCUAAAGUCUGUUUUGAGAUUUUUUUCUUGCAAAUUAGUAUAUUUUUUUUAAUCAGGUAAGUUUUUAAUUCACUUUAAUGGCAAAGAAAAGGUUAUUAGUUGUUUACA